CCUGUCUGUCUCUCCUGGUUCUUACAUGUCUUCUCACCUGUCUCUCUCUCCUGUCUCUGCUGUCUCUCCUGGUUCUCACCUGUCUGUCUCUCCGGUCCUCGCAGUGUCCUCGGGGUUUCAGCCAACACCGGAAGUCCGAGGAAACGUGUUUCCUUGUACCGAAUCCCACUUUCACGUCACGUGAUGGCGUCAGCCAAUGAGAAGUCAGAGUAUUGAUCACAUGAUUUUGAAUGUGCGUUAGUUUCCGGGUCUGAGGUUGAGAGACGGCGGGACCGGGAGGACCAGGGAUCGAACAUGUGACGGAUCAGAGACGGUGUCCAAUCCGAGACCGAGUCCAGCUGCGUCGUCAUGUCCACACACAGGACCCGGAAGAGCCUGGUCAUCACAGACGAUGAGGAGGUUAAGGCCGAGGAGCUCAACCCCUUCUCCUUCAAAGAGUUUCUACGAUUGAAGGACCAGGACCCGGACCAGGACCAGGACCAGGACCCGGACCAGGAUCAGGACCAGGUGGGGGACCAGACACACAGUGAGUCCUGCAGCUCCUCAACCUUUGACCCUGAUGUCCACAAACGUUUCUUCUCUGAGCCGGCGAUGUCACCACAGGAGGAAGAAGACAAGGAUUGGGGGUGGGGCUUCCAGGGCGUCGCCAGCAGCUCCUCCCCUCUCCAGGAGGAGACGACCAGAUUUAGCUCUGAACCUGACAUCAAGCCCAAAGGAGGAGGAGACGAUGAAGGAGACGAUGAAGGAGACGAUGAAGGAGACGAUGAAGGAGACGAUGGGACGUCCAGGACUGAACCAAUCCACUCCUUCAGGAGAAGGAGCGACAUACAGUUGAAGGAGGAGAACAUGGCGUUGAGGAGAACCAUCAGAGAGCUGCAAAGCAGAUCCGAUGCUAAAGAACACAGGGUGCAGGAGCUAUCGGAGGAGCUGCUCCAGAGGAGACGUCAGGAUGAGAAGGAGGCUGAGGAUCUGGAGAGCAUGGUUCACUCUGUGGAGCAGAACCUGCACCUGAUGACGAAGCGAGCGAUGAAAGCAGAGAACUACGUCAGUAAACUGAGGGCGGAGCUUCAACAGCUGCAGGUGGAGGUGGCGUCUCUGCGGGCGGAGAACGAUGGUCUGAAGGCUGCAGAGACUCAGGUCGUCAUGACGAUGAGACAAACUGCUCUGGUGGCGUCUGAGUAUCUGAACAAGAUGGCAAGCCACGCCCACUCCUCCAUCCGUCAGCUGCUGGGAGAGGCGGAGACUCUUCGUCUCGUUUCUCAUCUUCUUCGUUCUAUAGAUAAAAUCUCAGAGUGUUGAAGCUGCGAUGGACACGAGGACAGAAAGCUGCUUCGAUGACAUCACAGCCGCAGGUUGCUGAUUGGAUAGAUUCUGUUUCAGUGCAGACACCUUAAUCAAAAAUGAUGAUGUCAUGACGUUCAUUCUUCAAAUGGAAACUUUAUUAAACAGUUUGUUUGUCUACGAUGAUCCCAGGUCAGGUUCUGUUCCAUCAUGUCGCUGUAAAACAAUAAAACACACAUUCAUAACA